ACACUAACUUCCUGCAGUCCGCACUGUCUCUGCUCUCUGAACCGAACACGGACCGGUCCGACCCAGGCGCGCGGAUAUUCCUGUGCUGUUCUGAAAGGACAGUGUAUCUGAGGAGCGGUGUGUGUUUGUGUGUGUGUGUGUGUGUGUACCUGAGCCAGGCCGGCUGCUGCUGCUGCAGGACACUAAGGAACAAGGUCAGAUUGAUUACACAGUAAGACUGAGGCCAAGACCCUGAGCCCAGAAUGAGACGCUUGCUUGUGUGUGUCUGUGUGCUGCUGGCUUUCAUAGCCGUUAUGGAAGCAAGACCCAAAGCAGCGGGAGAUCAAAAGUGUAAAUCUGGCCCAGUCGACCUUGUCUUCAUUAUUGAUGGAUCACGUAGUGUUCGUCCUCAUGAGUUUGAGACCAUGCGCAAGUUCAUGAUUGACAUCAUCCACGAGCUGGACGUCGGCCGGGAUGCCACCCGCGUCGGUGUAGUUCAGUAUUCCAGCCAGGUCCAGAACGUCUUUUCUCUAAAAGACUUCACCACGCACCAACAGAUGGUCAAGGCCAUCAAUGAGAUCAUUCCUCUGGCACAAGGAACCAUGACCGGUCUGGCCAUUCGCUAUGCCAUGAACGUUGCCUUCUCCACUGUGGAGGGAGCCCGAACCAACGUUCCGCACGUGGCGGUAAUUGUGACUGACGGACGCCCUCAGGAUCGUGUAGCCGAGGUGGCGGCUGCUGCCAGAGAAUCCGGAAUCGAAAUCUACGCUGUAGGUGUGGCCAGAGCAGACAUGACUUCCCUGAGAGCCAUGGCAUCCCCGCCUUUCGAAGAUCACGUGUUUCUCGUGGAAAGCUUUGAUCUUAUUCACCAGUUUGGGCUCCAGUUCCAAGACAAGCUCUGCAAAAUAGAUCUUUGCAUUGAAUCUGACCACGGCUGUGAUCACAUCUGUGAGAGUUCUCCUGGCUCCUAUCAGUGCCUCUGCCUCCCUGGUUACACACUCAAUGAGGAUGGCAAGACCUGCACAGCUAUUGAUUUGUGUGCGGAUGGGAAGCAUGACUGUGAGCAGAUCUGUAUCAGCUCUCCUGGAUCCUUCACCUGCGACUGCAACACUGGAUACACACUCAAUGAAGACAAGAGGACCUGUACCAUGAUCGACUACUGCUCGUUUGGAAACGAUAGCUGUGAGCACGAGUGUGUGAGCAUCCUCAAUGGCUUUAACUGCCGCUGUAAUGAGGGAUACACUCUUAAUGAAGACAAGAAGACCUGCACAAUGAUCGACUACUGUUCAUUUGGGAAUGACAGCUGUGAGCACGAGUGUGUGAGUGUGCUCCAAAGCUUUUACUGCCGCUGCAAUGAGGGAUACACUCUCAAUGAGGACGAAACAACCUGCACAAUGAUCGACUACUGCUCGUUUGGAAACGAUAGCUGUGAGCACGAGUGUGUGAGCAUCCUCAAUGGCUUUAGCUGCCGCUGUAAGGAGGGAUACACUCUUAAUGAAGACAAGAAGACCUGCACAAUGAUCGACUACUGCUCAUUUGGAAACGAUAGCUGUGAGCACGAGUGUGUGAGUGUCCUUAACGGCUUUUUCUGCCGCUGUAAGGAGGGGUACACUCUUAAUGAAGACAAGAAGACCUGCACAAUGAUCGACUACUGCUCGUUUGGAAACGAUAGCUGUGAGCACGAGUGUGUGAGCAUCCUCAAUGGCUUUAACUGCCGCUGUAAGGAGGGAUACACUCUUAAUGAAGACAAGAAGACCUGCACAAUGAUCGACUACUGCUCGUUUGGAAACGAUAGCUGUGAGCACGAGUGUGUGAGUGUCCUUAACGGCUUUAACUGCCGCUGUAAGGAGGGAUACACUCUUAAUGAAGACAAGAAGACCUGCACAAUGAUCGACUACUGCUCGUUUGGAAACGAUAGCUGUGAGCACGAGUGUGUGAGUGUCCUUAACGGCUUUUUCUGCCGCUGUAAGGAGGGAUACACUCUUAAUGAAGACAAGAAGACCUGCACAAUGAUUGACUAUUGUACAUUUGGGAAUCACAGCUGUGAACAUGAAUGUGUGAGUGUGCUCAAUGGGUUUUACUGCCGCUGCAACGAAGGCUACACACUGCAGGAGGAUGGAAAGACCUGCCAGGCUGACAACCUGUGUAAUGUAGUGGAGCAUGGUUGUGAAUACCAAUGUGUGAGUACUCCAGGAUCCUAUUACUGUAUCUGCCCUGAAGGACAUCUUCUACAGGAUGAUGGAAAGAGCUGUGGAAGCUGCAGAUCAUCCAACAUCGAUCUGGUCCUCCUUAUUGAUGGCUCAAAGAGCGUUCGGCCUCAGAACUUUGAACUGGUCAAGCAAUUUGUCAAUCAGGUUGUGGACCAGCUUGAAGUUUCUGGGCACGGAACACGUGUGGGUCUCGUUCAGUACUCCAGCCGAGUGAGGACCGAGUUCCCACUUGGCAUGUACAAAAGCAAAGAGGAGAUCAAGGCAGCUGUGAUGAAGGUGGAAUACAUGGAGAAGGGAACCAUGACUGGACUGGCACUAAAACACAUGGUAGAGAACAGUUUCUCAGAGGCUGAGGGUGCUCGCGCUCUCUCCAGGAACGUCCCCCGGGUCGGGCUGGUGUUUACCGAUGGUCGAUCUCAAGAUGACAUAACAGAGUGGUCCAAAAAGGCCAAGGAAGCAGGCAUCACUAUGUAUGCUGUUGGUGUGGGCAAAGCUGUAGAGGAUGAACUAAGACAAAUUGCAUCUGAACCACUGGACAAACACUUUUUCUACACUGCUGACUUCACUGCCAUAAGCCAGAUCGCAGAGAACCUCAAACUCAAUGUCUGUGCAGAGGAAAGUCAAGGUGAGAUUGAGGUGAAGAACCCUUGUGCCUGUGAAAGCCUUGUGGAAUUCCAGCAGGCUACCAUGACCACUCUAAACCAGCUCAACCAGAAACUGUCAGCCAUGACCAUGCGAUUGGAAAAGCUGGAAAAUCAACUGCUAACCAGGAAAUGAGAAGAAAACAUUUUUUUAGAUGCUCAUCUCCCUUUGACAGGCACUCAAGUGAUGGCUUUUACUGUUUUCAUGAAUUGUUCUACCAAAACCACAUUUAAGUGCAUAACAUGCAAAUCAACCUAAAUUCCAUAAAAAAAACUGUACAUGCACUGAAGUUCACUGAAGUGCACUGACCAGAAGUCAUUUUGCCCUAUUUGUACUUGAUCUGCUUUAUAUGGUUAUGAGAGAAAUAUUUAUGGUGAAGCAUUUGGUAAUGAAGUUAUAUGAUUGUACCUCUCUAUAGUCUCCAGUGUACUGUAAGCUGAUUGAACUCAGUCUCAGUAAUGAUGCCUUGGCAUUUCAGUUCAACCAAAUGUAUAAAGGGGAUUUGGAUAUGUCAGUCCACUAGCUGUGUUAGUCAUGUGUACUGAAACAGUUUGUAAAUUAUAUCGACCUUCACUUUGUUUAUGUUUAGGUAUUGUUAUUACGUUUAGCAAGAAUUUACAAAAAAACAAACUGUAUCAUAACCUUUCAGUAAACAUUAAUAAGGCCAAAGCUGUUUUUUACCAUUGUUUAAGUGUCCUGAUAGCUUUUUGAUGGCUUGUAGUGGACUGCAUAUAGAUCAGAGAUUGAGAAUCUACCUAAAGUAGCCUUAUUUUGAUUUUGGUCAUGUGGAAAUACCAUGUUUUUAUACCUUCUGUAUUUUGUAAUUGUGCUUUAUAUAUUUUCGAAUAAUCCUUUUUGUAUUGUGUAAAAUUCAUUUAUAUUAUUUCAAUAGAUGAAAUAAAGACA